GAACCAGAUUCUCAUUUUGUGUCAUGUCAUAUGCUGCUCUAGCCGAAUGUUUACUGUGGUUAGUUAAAGUUUCAAGAUAUUCUAGUCUAGGGAAAUUAAAAAUUUAACAUUUAAAUUAAAACAUGAAGACUUUAUUACUUCUGCUCUCUUCUGUCGUCUACUUCACGGUGACAUUUGCCGAAAAGCUAUCCCUCGAGGAAUGCAGUGCACUUGGUUUCUCCAAAGAUAAUCUACUCUGCUCCUCCUGUGCAUUGUUGCCUGGAUAUGACUUAGAUAUUCUCAAGAAACACUGCGACUCUUGUUGCGUACAAGGUUCAUCGUCUGUCCAAUCCGAGUCAGGAGCAAACAAGGUGAAAACCUAUGCCAAAGCUGUGCUGGAAGUCUGUGCAUGCAAAUUUCCGAGCCAUCCACAAAUCAAAGCAUUUUGUCAAAGCGAUCUCCCGAAAAAGUUUCCAACCCUGACCAUAAAGUAUAUCGGUGGUCAAAUGCCUCAAAUCAAACUCUACGAAGAAGACGGCACUGUUGCAGAAACAUUAGCGAUUAACAAAUGGGACACUGAUACAAUUGUAGAAUUUUUGGAAACGUAUCUUAAUAAUGCAGGAGGUCAAGAAAGUAACGAUAUUACAGACUCAGAGUAGAAACCAAAAGCAUUAUCAUGUUAUCAUUUCAUGCUACAGUCUUUUAUACAAAAAUAAAUGAGGGUGGAUCUACCGUACACAUUUUCUAAU